AUAACCUUGUCCACCGUCCUUAGUCUUCAUUUUCCUAAUUGCUUUAACAAUUUAACUCAAUAGGCUUUACCGAUCUUAAUGUUUCUUGCCGGAAAAGGAAAUAAGCAUGCAAAUACUUGCUGGAUCUAUUUUGUCUUAGGCUUGAAUUAGAUAGAUUUGGGCCUAUUUUUAAUAAUCUCCACCUUAAGCCCAAUAUCUUUAUCAACCAUUAAAUCCAGUCUCUCUAGGGAUUACUCCGACGUUCUCAGACGAACCAACUCCUUUCCAAUUCGACUCAUAAGCAUCUUAAUAGCUUCUCAAGCGAUAUUCCAGCCAACGCCAGCAAACUCCGGCGGUUACCUCUGAUGAAUUCAUCACCUUUCGUGUCUAAUCAUCUUUGUCGAACCAUGAAUCCCAUCGUCUUCCUCGAUAACGACACAACCUGCAAAUUGCAUCUGUGAUAACUCCGGUGAUCACUCUGAAAGCAUCUUUAUCUUCGGCGGUGAAAUUUUAGCUAGGUACUUCUCGAUGGAAUCCUGCAAUUCCCUGUUCACUGUUCACCUUUGGCUCCUAGCCUUUGUGGCCUUUCUCUUCAAGCAGGACGAGAUUAAUUUCGUCUCAGACGCAUUCUGAUCAGAACCUGCAACUCAGAUAUUCUCCGGCGAACAUGCCGCCAUCGUCCUCCGGGGAAGCACCUCCAUCUUCGGCUCAGACGACUUGAGAGAGAUUCGCGACUCUCCCUCACGCCUUCUUCCCCGAUCAAAGCUUCCCAUUCCGUAAAACCCAAUUGCGACGGCGACGUCCCUAUGGCAACCUUAGUGAAAAUUGGAUGUAAUUAUUCAUAAGAAAUCACACCCUCUAGUCAUCUUCUAUGACCAUUCGCCAAAUCCUUUGGCAUCAUUUUCCGACGCCACUAGCUCAUGUAAUCUCAGCCUUUGUAGAAUCUUUGAUUAUCAGUCAAAGUUCUUGUGUUUCUAAACGAUCUCAUACCUCGUCGCAGCAUGAACACCAAGCAUGUGUUCUCCUCUUUGAUGACCUUAGAUUAGACAAGCUCAAUCUUCCACAUGCUCCUUUUCUCUCACGGCUCCAGCUAUUGUUCAUGACCAUUUUCUGUUUCUUUGAUAUCGUCUUCUCCGGAGUACUCCUUUGAUAUCCAUUUAUUUUUCAUGCCAGCUUCUUUUGAUGAACAAAAUAACUCCUCCUGUUUUGCACUAUAGAUAAGGCUUAACCACACAAAAAGAACACAGAAGAUAUGGAGAUAGACAGAUUAUCCAACAAAGACCAAUCUAUGAGCCACGUCAGAAAUAACAACCAAUCAGAGAACAUAAUCAUAUUUCUCAUCUUCAAUUUGAACCAAUCAAAAGCCUGAACGAAUCUUACUCCCUACCUUAUAGUACCAGCUUCGUCUCUUCCUUCCUUUCACUUUAUAGUACGUUUAUCCUAGUCUUAAAACAGCUUUACACUUUGGUCUAAAAAGAUGGCGUCUUUGGGUGUUUCGAAAAUGCUUGGUACACCCCUUAACUUCAGGGCAGUGUCAAGAUCGUCUGCUCCAUUGGCAUCGAACCCGGCUACCGUCAAGACAGUUGCUCUCUUCUCCAAGAAAAAGCCAGCUCCUGCCAAGGCCAAGACCGUCUCUGUUGCUAACGAUGAGCUCGCCAAGUGGUAUGGUCCUGACAGGAGAAUUUUCUUGCCGGAUGGUCUUUUGGACAGAUCAGAGAUCCCAGAGUACUUAAACGGUGAAGUUGCUGGAGACUAUGGCUAUGACCCAUUUGGACUUGGCAAGAAGCCUGAGAACUUUGCUAAAUACCAAGCCUUUGAGUUGAUCCACGCGAGAUGGGCUAUGUUGGGAGCAGCUGGUUUCAUCAUCCCUGAAGCUUUAAACAAAUACGGCGCUAACUGUGGUCCUGAAGCCGUCUGGUUCAAGACUGGUGCUCUGCUUCUUGAUGGAAACACAUUGAACUACUUUGGCAAGAACAUCCCAAUCAACCUUGUUCUCGCCGUAGUUGCUGAGGUUGUUCUCCUCGGUGGAGCCGAGUACUACAGAAUCACCAACGGAUUGGAUUUUGAGGACAAGCUACAUCCAGGAGGUCCAUUUGAUCCUUUGGGACUUGCUAAGGACCCUGAACAAGGAGCUCUUCUCAAGGUUAAAGAGAUCAAGAACGGGAGAUUAGCCAUGUUUGCGAUGCUCGGUUUCUUCAUCCAAGCUUAUGUUACUGAAGAGGGUCCUGUUGAGAACCUUUCAAAGCAUCUCACUGAUCCUUUUGGAAACAAUUUGCUUACCGUCAUCGCUGGAACCGCUGAGAGAGCUCCUACUCUCUAAGCCAUUUCUAGUUUAUAAAGAGCUUCGAAGAUGGUUUGUACACUUUGUUUGAUGACAAUUUCUAUUGCCAUUGUGAAAACAAACUUCCAUUUGCAUCUUCUUGAUAUAUUCCAAUGGUCCUAAGAAAUCCUAAGAAAAUAACAUACAUGAGUAUUACAAUAACUAA